AUGAGCCUGUAAGAACAGAGAAAGCUGGUAGGUCAGGAGCCGUUGGGCAGCUUUUAUUUUUGGCGUGCAUCUCAGAUCAAUUCCUUCCCCUCCUCCCUUCCAUUUGUAGGGAGGGAAGAGUCCAAACUAAGGAUGCACAGGCAUGUUUCUAAGCACACGGCGCUGGGAGCAACAAGCUGCAGCCUGUAACCAUCGCUCAGUGCUCACCAGGGGAUUAAAAUGCUGAUCACUGUAACACCACCUCAUGAACGAGCUUCACUUCACCCACAGACUCCACCUCCACCCAUACUACCUAAGCCUGGGAAAGACAACCUUAGGCUCCAGAGACUCUUGAAGAAAGCUGCAAAGAAAGCAACCUUAGGUCCACAGCAAGCCAAGUUGUUCCGGUCUAGUCUCUCCCCAGUGAGCGAAGCCAGCCCAGACCUAGAGCACAGUGACCGCUCCUCCCUGGUAAAGACCCCAGAAACUUCAACCCACCUCACCAUCAACCUCCCUCCCCGCUUUUCGAUCAAGCCCAUCAUCCACCAUGUCCCAACGCCUUUCCUGAAGAGCAAGCCCUUCACGUUCACGGUAACGGAGCAAAGAAGCAUCUCUGAACAUCUGAAGCUCACGGUCUCCCCGGCACCAUCCCCAGUGCACAGGCAAGGUACUCCAGAGUCAGUCAUGCCCAGCCAGCUUCCCCAUCCCCAGACACAUUCUGUAUUUGUUUUCCCCGAGCCUCCUGUCUCUGUCACACCUGUCAUCACAGAAGCUCCAGUGGAGGUUGCCCACGUCAGCAAAGUGCACACGUAUUUCCAUAGCGUACCGUCACCCAGGCCUAAGACUCCUCUCUCAGACCAGGUCCCUAAACCCCUCAGCGAUGAGAUGCAGAGGCCUUUGCCCACCCCUCCAGAGACAAGCCACUCAGGACAGACACCAGUCUCUCUCAACACUGGUGAGGCUCAAACUGCCACUCCCAAGUCAGAGCCCUCCAUCCUUCCUUCUGUGACAGUAGAGCUCCCCUACCAAGCCCCCAGGCCUGCAACUCCUAAAGAGCCCGGUGGGGACAGUUCCCCCAGGGCUAAGACCCCAGAUGCCCAAUGCAAGAGACCUGCAACUCCCAAAAGUGACAUGGAAAAAUCUAAAACGGAGCAGGCGUCCAAACCCCACGAGACGCACAGUGAGAGUCUAAAGCCACCGCCUUCCAGUGCAGCUCAGAAGCAAGACACCCCAGUGCCCGUGAUGACAAGUGACACCACCAGGGUUUCCUCCACAGAAGCAAAGGAGGAGCACAUCAUUCCACCACAGCCCACUGCGGCCUUUUCCAGUGCUGGCCCUCUCCCCAAAGCUGAGCCGACACUACCAUCUGUGGAUAAGUCUAAGCCUCCUAGAGUUGGUCUCAGAGGCUGGUCUCGCCUCAAGAAGCACUUGAUAGUGGAACCAGAGGAGCCCAAGUUCCCCGAACCUGAGCCAGCCAUGCCUAAACAGGAGGAAGAAGGAAAAAAGAAGUCAGACCUCUCUCAAGGGAGCACCAGCCAAGACAGGCUCGUUAAACCAAGGGCCACCAGGAUGUGGGAUGCCAUAUUAUAUCAGAUGACAACAAGCAAGAUGAGAAAGCAGCAAGAUAAAGACAAAGGGGUGAGGAAGGUAGUGGGAUUUCCAUUCCGGUGCCACUUGCCUCUUCUUCUUCACAGACCACGCUUUGACGCCCGGAAGUUGAAGGAGCUGGCUUCCAAACCAAUGACAAGGAUCACCACCGUGUUCGAGCUAAGCCUGCUCCACCGCAAGCCACCCGAGGAAGACCCCAAAAACUUUAACAGGACUGCAUCAGGGUGGCAGAUAAACUGAAGCCAGCUGAACUCCACCGUGGCAACUAAUACGCUUCACCCCUCCCUCAUGCGGGUCCUCCAGGAUUCAGGGCAAGCUCUGCACAGGAAAGCCUCUUAUAAACCAGGCUUCUCUGCUGAAUGGAGCCACGUGCAAGAAAUAAAUAAAAUCUUUCACACCCAGCAACUUUAUCCUGAGGGUUUUAGGGGUUACCAUGUCUGCAUACCUAGAGUUAUACAUAUAUGAAAUGCACUUAACUUCCACCACUGUGGGUUCUGAACCCACAAAGAAUAGAAUGACACAUACAUGAAGACCAGAGACCAAAAGGAAAGCAGUGAAGAGACCUGCAGAAAAAAAACCCAGCCACAUAGUAACAUUUAAAUUUACCUAUAGGAAGGAGAUGGAAUCUUAGGAAUUUUUCUUACAGCAUUACAGGAGGCACUAGUCUGGAAACAGGAUAGGUUGUGGCAAUGCAGAUCUCUGCACUACAUUAAUUGUAAAAGUUGUCUUCUCCUGGGCUGUAGUUCCAGCUUGUUAAAAGUACAGCUCCUGAACCACUGAGUUUAUUGCUUCUUCAAUGAAGCAGCUAAUGAGGGCUUCAAUUCCUGCUCGCUUGGAAAGAGAGAGAGAAAUUAAUUCCCUUCAUGUCGAGCAUAGUCAGGGGGCAGAAUGGAGCUAUGUUGCAUGCUGCUCUACUACUAGCGAGUCCAGAAAGCUGCUUUUCAUUAGUUUUCAAACAAGGUCUGCUUCCAAGUAAAUAUUAGGUUAUGGAGUAUAGGGAGCCCUUUCUUCUAAUGUUUAGAGAUAGUUUCAGUUCCAAAUGCUUUUGAGUAGCACCUGUUGAGGAAGAAUAUAGGAGGGACUAGCAAUUGUGUACUUCAGUUUUUGGAUGCCCAACUUGAGAUACUUCAAGGGCCAGGUUUUCAGAAGAUAGGCACUGAGCACUUUUGGAAGCAAGCGUGUGGAAAUCAGGUCCUACAUGGGCAUGUCAGAAUGGACAAACACAUCACCAGUCACAGUUGAACGUCUUGACAUCUAGAAAUAGGUCAAUACAUAAAGAGGGCAAGGGGUGUGCAAGCAAGUGCACACACUUACAGAACUGAAGCCUUCCUUAAAAGAAGUUGUUUGCAGAGCUGUCCAAAAGCAGUCUCUUGCACACACACAAUGUCUUAUAGAGUCUGUCAUUUAUUUGGCACUGUUAUUUUGGGUUCAGGCAGGGAAUUCUGGGACUGAAUUCUCAAGACUCCAAGCUACAGCGGCUCCACCUUGCCACUGCUAUAGCCAAAGGGAGAGAGGGUCAGUAUUUCCUCCUGUUGCCAUUUUCAGGUACAUCAUAAGCCUGUUCCAGCCUGUAUUUUUCCUGAUGGCUUAAAUAUUUGUUACCCACUAAGCACCCAAUCCAGACAGUGAAAGGGAUAACAAGAUAAUCUAUAGUCAAUGAAAGGCAGAAGGUCCUGAUGGGAUGGAAACCUCAUGCUUCAAGGUGUAAGUUAGCCUCUAGCUACUGGGUAUUAAGAUAACAUUUCCUCUGGGGUCAGGUCUUUUCUAGAAUUGCCUACUGCAGAGUUCCUCGCACCUUCACCAAUUCAGCUGAAGAUGGCUGAACAGAUGGACAUAGGGUCUCAUCUGCAGUAGCAAUUCCUCUGUGCUCUCCUUCUCCCUCCAAGGUAUCUAGCAUUAGCUACUAUUAGACAAGAUACCGGACUACAAGGAAGGCUAGUCUAUUCAAACAUGGCAGCUCCUUUGAUUUUUUCAGGAAUUUGGCUGAAAGGUCACAGGUGGCAGCUGACAGGAAGGGCACAUUAUAGUGACCAGCUGAUAUAGAUUGCAAUGCUAUUCUUCCUGUUGGUCAAGCAGGAUAGCCCACCAGCAACAAGUGGACCUGUUCCCAAUUCUGCCUUAAGAUGGACUGCUUAGCAACAAGGAUACUCCAUGCAUUUGGGGCGCCCUUUGAGCAAGUAGCCUUCUACAAGCAGCCUCGGUUCAGCUCCACGCACUGGGCAAUGCAGGAGACAGGCAUGAACUCCCUUCACAGAAGACAUCACAUCUUCCAGGGCAGGGCAGUUAAGCCUUCUCCCAAACCUAACCCAGCCACAAUAAUGCACUAUAGCUAUCACUGGAGUACUAUAGCCAAGGCACAACUUGGCAAGACCUAGGAUUUUUUGGUAAAAAAGCGCCAGAUCUUAGCAAUGUAGGAAACAAUGACAAAUCCAAAAAACUGAUGCUCCUUUAACAACUCCUAUUUCUUCUACGGCUUUUUGUCCAUAGCCAUUUGGAUUUUAUAAAAGUGUUAUUUUCCUUUUGUGAAUUUUAAGCAUCAUUAACAAAUAUUUUUUCUGGCUAUUUUGGGGUGGGUUUGUUUUGUGGGCUGUUUUGCUUUUAAAUGUUUACAUCUCCAUAGCCACAAGGCCUAGAGAGAGUGAGCUCAAACAGCAAGCAUUCAAGAAUUUCAACUUCCCCAGAGAAGGUGGUUGCCAUAAGGAAGAAUAUUUCUGCAUAGCUAACGUAGGAUUGGCAUGCUUAGCCCCAAAAGGACAUUUGAUAGGCAUGUUUACUUUCUGUUCCUUGCACAGGAUAGAGCUAGUGAGAGUUUUUCCAUUUAAAAUGAGGAGGUAGAAUUUCAAAAGCAGUAUUUUUACUUUUGUGGAAACUUUUUGGAUAGAAACAUUUAAACUGAAAAAUUCGUCUUCAAAAUUAAAUUUGCAGGGGGUUUCAGUAUGCAAUUCUCUUCUUUAAUCCUUUUUCUACCACCCCAUCUUUUUCCCCAGAGCAAAAAAAAGGAAGAAAGAAGAGAAAACCCUGAAGUCUAUGUAUGAGUUUUUCAAAAAAAUCUGCAGGUAGCAAAUUUUUCUGUAAACUAUAUUGUUGGUUUCUUUUUACCAGCUCUGCCAAACAGACUGGCAGCAAGUUAAAGUCCCAGUCACAUGGAAGGACAGGCUAUUACAGAUAAGACUUUCCUGAUCUAGGCUGAGAAUGGAGGUAUUUUCCUUUGGUGAACAACUUUGUGCAUUUAGCCUGAUGUUUUUAGAAGGUGCACAAGGGAGUUUUGAGAAUCAAAUUCCACAGCACUUCAACGGGAUUCAGAUAGCAUCCAACUCCCUUGGGUCCUCUAAAAGAAAAGAAGGUUGGGUUUUCAGUAGUUUGAAAAUAGAGUAGCAACUGGAAAAACUCCCAAGUCAGCCUCUUAGUUGCACAUAAUUCAGAAAUAUCUGCACAACUGUGCCUGAAGCCUGGCUUGUGCAUCAAUAGGAAACUAAUGAUUUCAUUUAGGGUCGCAUUUUUUGGUAACCAAUACAUAGUCUUAUCAGUACGACUGUUAGCAGGGACACAGAUAACUGCCCUUACUGUGGGCUAGUAUAAAAGCACCUUGUUCUGAAGUAACCUAUUCCUUUUUCUCUUUGGGAAAGAACCUUACCCACAUAAAACGCCUUUAAACCAGUAUUAUUGUAUCUGCAUUAGAAGAAGUUGUACUAUUUUAUUCUAGAAUAAUUCAAAUCUGUCCAGUUUAGACAAGACUUAAAAUCUCUAGAUAAUACAUUUAGAAAUUAAUGAAUGAACUGUUUAAUUAAUUACUUUAAUUCAUUCAGCACAAAGAAGUUGCCCUCUCUAGGAAAUUAAAUUUUCUUCCAUCUUGCAUGAUAUUGAGCAUGAUUUUGCAGCCAGUAUACGCAGGGGUGACUAUUAACAUCUUUAGGGAUUAGCCAUGGUCAGGUGCUGAUGCUGAAUAGGAGUUACUGGUGGGCAACAAGGAGCUGCCUUAGUUUAUGAUUAUCAAGAGAGAAACUCUGUAGCAGAGUCCUAGGUAUUUCUGGACAGGUGCAUCCAUUUCAAAUGACAAAAAUAAAUAAUUUAUUCCAGGAGCGAGCAAACUAUGGGCCCACAGGCCAGAUCAGCCCAGACAGAUUUUAUCCAGCCUGCCAAACACAUUUGUACAAGAAUGCACCGUCUAAAGGCCAUCUUCCUCAGCUGCCUCCUCCAGUCUGCCACCUCUGUCAGCUGCUGCUGCCACCACCUUGGACCUAAGGGAGGGUCUAGCUGCUACUGAAAAGUUGGCGACCCCCGAUUUAUACCACUUAAACAUGCACAUAUGUAUAUUAUAUAGCAUGCCAAUUUGGAAUACAAGGUUGAAGACAAGCAAGACAGAAUUUCAUGUAGGAAGGAUUCCAAAACCCAUUCCCCUUUUUAAAUUUAGCUUGCUUCAGCAUAGCUGCUUUGUGAGGUCAGUUAUUUGCAGUCCUAUAGCAGUGGUCAAGAGUUCAACGGCAGUCCCUUUGUUUGCUAGUAUAUAGUACCCUCUCCUCCUGUUGCCAAAACAAAGUUGCUUUAAAAAAAAAAAAAGAAAAAAAAAAAGAAAAAGAAAAUCCUGCUACCUACACACAGAUACCACAGGAAUAUAUUUACAGCAUAGUAAGAAUAACCCUACUGUAGCAUUGGUUUUGCACAUGCAGGGGUCCUCAAUUACCUUUCACGGAUUCUGGAUUAUUGCUGUCAAGCAAAACUACUGAUUAUUACAGUGGGGAGGACAGGCCAGUUUGGCAAAAGAACGUUAUUUCAGGAAUUGUUGAGUUUCAAAUGACUUUGUCCAUAGCAACAGUGAAGCAGUGAACAAGCAGCUCAUAUAUGAGAGGAGAGAAUAGGUGCUUGCUGAGCUCUGCAUUUAGUGUGGCUUAUAAGUUUGUUCACUUGCUUUGCCUCCCACCUCACUGCAUUUACAGCCUGCUGCAUAAGCAGGAGCCUAGCUUACCAGGAGCUCAAUUUCCUUAAUGAGAAGGAGACUAAGGCAGGUCACACUGAAUUGCUUAGCCUUACAAUAAAAGGAGAGGGAGCAAGUCAAAGCCAGAAGCAGAUGCACUGGGUAAGGCUAGGUUUGUUCUUGGCACAAGGAGAGAAGUGAGAUAACAGACGUAGGCGGCACAAGAAAUUUAGAUGGCAUUACGGUAGGAUACUUCACAGUAAGUCAGUGCAUUGAGAUUUUUCUGAGCAGGGUUGGCUGACAUGUGAAAGGGAGAAGACAAUGACAGUAUUUCUCAGGCUACUUCAUUGUAUUUUUGGGCCACUGAUUUAACUGUACAUGAAGCAGUGGCAUCCAGUCAGCAAAACUCUAAGCCAACACUUAGAAAUACCCACUUACUCCAUUAGCCUGCAAGAGACGUAAGCAAGUGAGAAGGGGUAAAGUAUGGGGAAACAUUCAAUAUCCAGCAUUUAAACACUUUAUAGAAAGCCCUCAGGUGCUUAACAAGUGACAUGAUAGGGUUCUGGAUGCUUCCUUGGACCAUAAGGUAGAAAUGUGAACGAAACUGGAAUGAUGGGGAACGAAGAAAAGAAAAAUAGUUGGAUGGAUCUCAAGGCACAACAGCCAGCCAACAAAGCAAGUGAAAGUGGAGGUAAAGCCAACUACCUAUUUAAACUCUUUUGCUGUUUGUAGCCAGAAGAAAAUGCAUCCAUGCUCAGAUUCAAAUGGGGCAACAACAGCACCACACCAUGGUCAUUCAGAGUAUCAGCUCUCAUCUGAAGGAAUGCCUAGCUGUCACCUACCCUUCCUUCAAGGAGGGUUGGUUAGCUUCCUACCACUGGCAGGCCUCUCCUAAAUCUGGCUCAGGAAAAAACAAAACAAAAACAAAAAGCUUGUUUUUCUAUGGCUGGAGAGGAAGGCACCCUUUUACUAACAGUAUAAACUCAGAUAGGGCGAGUAUACCCUAGUAUGAUUUACUGUAUGGGACAGCCACACUUAGCAAGGCCAGGCUUGGUAUACAGAAGUAAAAGCUAGUAAAGGGGACUGCAUAAACGGAGAUAAGGGGUAUGUUGAAAGCAAAACAAGUUGAGGCAGGUUUUAGAAAUGAUGACAGUUAUAAGGGUGAGGGGAUCAAGUUGCCAGAAGGACUCCAUAUCCUAUGUUUGCAUUGCCAGACAACAACACACAUGGCAAGUCCUCAAGGAUGGCCUUCUGAGCUUUCUAUCUCAUCAUAUCCUGGAAAGAAAGAUACUGCACACUUGAGAACUUGUUUAAAGAGAGAGCCAGGGAAUGUAAUCCCAACUGAACUAGGGAAGAAGAGAAACAGUGUUUUCUGAAGACAGAGCUACAUAUAAAGCUUAGAGAAAAAAUAAAUGCUAUUAU